AUGAGCGUAAGGGAACAUAAAGGCAAGAAAAACUUGCACGAAACCUUUUGCUUUCAACACCUACUAAGUGGCAUCAGCGGCCACCUGAAGAACAACUGGAUUCAGCGAAUAGAUCAUCAUCAUCAGCAACUCAUCUCAUCUCAUCAUCAUCUCAUCUCAUCUCAUCAUCAACUCAUCUCAUCUCAUCUCAUCACAUCAUCAUCUCAUCUCAUCAUCAACUCAUCUCAUCUCAUCACAUCAUCAACUCAUCUCAUCUCAUCUCAUCACAUCAUCAUCACAUCAUCAUCUCAUCACAUCAUCAUCUCAUCUCAUCACAUCACAUCACAUCAUCAACUCAUCUCAUCUCAUCACAUCAUCAUCUCAUCUCAUCACAUCAUCAACUCAUCUCAUCUCAUCAUCAUCAUCACAUCACAUCAUCAACUCAUCUCAUCUCAUCACAUCACAUCAUCAACUCAUCUCAUCACAUCAUCAUCUCAUCUCAUCACAUCAUCAACUCAUCUCAUCUCAUCAUCAUCUCAUCUCAUCAUCAACUCAUCUCAUCUCAUCUCAUCUCAUCUCAUCUCAUCUCAUCUCAUCUCAUCUCAUCUCAUCAACAUCAACAUCAACAUCAACAUCAACAUCAACUCAUCACAUCUCAUCCUAUCCCCUCCCAUCCCCUCAUCCUCAACCUCAUCCCCUCAUCCUCAUCCCCUCAUCCCCUCAACCUCAUCCCCUCAACCUCAUCCCCUCAUCCUCAUCCUCAUCCCCUCAACCUCAUCCCCUCAUCCUCAUCCUCAGGGUUAAGAUUUGACACGGUUCAUCACAGUUUCAUCUUUGUAUGCCUUGUCUCAACUUUGCGUUGAGCAGUUUGGCCGAACUGUUCUUGGCACACGAACUCCAGUAGUUGCAUGUACCGUACUUUCCAUGCAGAUCUGCACUUCAGCUCUCAACAACAGUCGCCUGCUGAUUUCAGCGCAAACAUUGAGACACAACUGUCACUGAAUACUGCUCUAUAUCAUAGUGUACAAUUAUUCAAAUUGUGAUGAUUUGCCAACCAAAUCUGCAUAAAGACUUUAACGAAAGCAGAGUGACAGUAAAAGUUUAUGAAAGGAAACAGUGUGAUGAAACCUGAUGAGCUGUGUCCAAUCUAAACCUCUUCUUUCUGGUGGUACACCAACUCAUCUCAUCUCAUCAUCAACACCAACUCAUCUCAACACCAACUCAUCAUUCAAGUGGAAGAUUUGCUAUAAGGUGCAAUACAUCUUUAGCACUCCAUGAGUCACUUGUGAUAUGCCAAGGCUCACCCAGUUGUGCUGUGCACAGCCUCCUUCAAGUAAAGCAGCAAGCAAUCCACAGCUGAUACGUCUGAGAUCAUCAAUAUUUGUGGAUUGCCAAGUCAGCACUGCCCUCUUUGGGUUUUUUGAUUUGGAAGGGAGGCCAGCUCACUCCACAACCAACAGAGACGCUCUAGCGACAGACGCUAGAGACUGCAGCUUUUAGCCUCCUUGUUGCCCAUUUUCUCUUACAGUUUGCAGGAGGAUAUGUGGAGUUUACUCUUGUCAUAAUCGCCAAUGGCUUGCAGAGAUUUAUUCAUAUUUUUCAUGGUAAUUUAGUUAUAUUUUUGGCUAUUUUCAAAGCUGCAUGUGCAGAUUAAACGCAAAUACUCAAAUCUUGAAGCAGCAUAAUAUAUUUAACACAGCCUAACUGCGCAGCAUUUGCGCAUAUACGACUUACUGUACUUGAAUAUACCUGUCACUAACUAUGCAUGUGUCUGGGGGGUUUUAAACUUAAAACUAUGCGAAGGACCCCCAAAUGAGAUGAACUUUUUUGUAAGGGGCCCCUUCUGAAUUACAUAUACAUCUAUUUUUAUUGUGUAAAGAAACAUUUAAAUGUGAUAUUAUGAUGACAACA